UGGAAUAUCCACAUUCAUUUGGCUUCAAAUCACAAACCAACAGGCAAAAAUGAAGGUUUUCUUGGUGCUGUGUGUGCUGGUCGCCUCCUCGCGGGGAUGGAGUGUGCGUUUUGGUCAGGAUAGCGAGUGGGUAGCAUGGAAGUCGUAUCACGGGAAGAGUUACUCAGAUGUGCAUGAAGAGAGAACGAGAAUGGCUAUUUGGCAACAGAAUCUUGAGAAAAUCAAGCGCCAUAACGCUGAGGAUCACUCGUACAAGAUGGCUAUGAAUCACUUGGGGGACUUGACAGAGGACGAGUUCCGAUACUUCUACCUCGGGGUGCGCGCGCACCACAACAGCACCAAGAGGGGCUGGGCCACCUACAUGCCGCCUAGCAACGUGAAGAUCCCCAGCUCUGUGGAUUGGAGUCAGAAGGGCUACGUCACUGGUGUCAAGAAUCAAGGUCAGUGUGGAUCGUGCUGGGCCUUCAGUACCACCGGAUCCGUGGAGGGACAGCACUUCAGGAAAACAGGAAGUCUUGUCUCUCUCAGCGAGCAGAACCUGAUAGACUGCUCCGGUAGCUAUGGCAACAACGGUUGCCAGGGUGGAUUGAUGGACAACGCAUUCCGCUACAUCGAAUCGAAUGGAGGCAUCGACACGGAAUCUAGUUACCCGUAUUUGGGUCAACAGGGAAGCUGCCACUUCAGCUCAAGCCAUGUGGGAGCAAGAGUUACUGGUUACCAGGAUAUCCCACAAGGCAGUGAGCAGGCGCUCCAGUCAGCGGUGGCCACAGUAGGCCCAGUCUCCGUGGCCGUGGAUGCUAGUCAAUGGCAGUUUUACUCGAGUGGCGUAUAUGAUAACCCUUACUGCAGCAGCACCAAACUGGACCACGGCGUCCUUGUGAUCGGGUAUGGGAACUACAAUGGUCAGGACUACUGGCUGGUCAAAAACUCCUGGGGGUACUCCUGGGGCGUGGAGGGCUACAUCAUGAUGUCAAGGAACAAGAACAACCAGUGCGGUAUUGCUUCCUCUGCCAGUUACCCUCUCGUCUGAUUGGCUGGAUAGAUACCUUGCUCUCUCGUGAUUGGCCGGAUAGAUACCAUGCGUUCAUCUGAUUGACUGAAUGAUAGCACACUCUCGUCUGAUUGGCUGAUUGAUUCUAUGCAAUCGUAUGAUUGGUUUGUUCAAUACUAUGCGCUCGUUUGAUCGGAAGUUUAGCUGAGAGCGCUUCACUAACCAUUUAUCUACUCAUUUUGUUAUCUCGCCGCUUCGUUGUUAAGAUAGACUUAGAAUAGACAGAAAAUGUUUCUGUAUUUGUAGUUUGCUUGAAAUAAAAGUAGGUACAUUACAAGCGCAA